AUGGACGUCGAUGAUGCCGGCCAGCGCAUCGCGGAUCGCAUUCAAGACAAAGACAUUAUGGAUACUACCCUAGACAAUGUUCAGGAAGCUUCGUCGAAUGUCGCCGAUCCAGAAGCUCCAGAAAAGGGCCAAGCCGCAGCAGGAGCGGAAACCACGCCCGUUCCCGAGAACUCAACAGAGAAGGAUGACGAGACCCAGCAGUCGUCAAAGCAAAAGCCACCAAUACCACAAACCCUGCCACUCACGCAAAAUCUCAUUUCCUUGUUCGGCCUUCAGCCGCUCGCAGCUACAGUCGCAAGAUCCGACCCAGUCACAGGCGAGAAGAUCAACAAGAUGAGGAAGUCUUAUGAAGGUCAACUCAAGACACUUGGACUAGCUGGCAGAAAUCGAUCGGUCAAGCACCAGGAAGGAAAACUGAUGGGGCUGAGGGAGAUGACGCUAUGGCCGGAGGAGGAGUGGCAGAAUCAGAAAAUCGGCGGCAAAGACAUUCACAAGGGUCUUCCAAGUGGAAUACUGGCCAAGCUGGACAAGGCUAUGCAGAUGCAGCCAGGGCCAUUGCCAAACAACAAUGAGUGGGAGAAUCUUCUGGGGAAUGACAACCCAAAACCGGUCGAGGCGACCAAAGCGUCGAAAAUUCCUAAUAAACCUUUGGCCAAAGCGAACGGCCAGGUUAACGGUAAUACUGCGAACGCUGAAACCGUUCGACCACAGCGCACCAAUAAAAAGCGAUCAUAUGGCGACGCCAGCUUCGAAGGCUACACAGGUUACGCCGAAGGAAUUGAGGACGAUGACGCUGACACUGGAGGAGGCUACUCAUCUGGCGAUACUCAAUUUAGCCGGAAGAGUGGCCGCGCCGCCAAGAAGCGGAAGAAGGGCUAUGGGAAUAAUUCUACAGGUUUUGGCGAUCGAAGUGGCAGCUUUAGCUCCGGUAUGGUUGGUGUAGGCGCCUACAAUCGGUAG